AUGGCUGUACUUUUGCAACCUCAGAAGCGGGAGGGACCUAGUGCGGAUGAUUCAACCUUCUGGUCCGAAUUCUUGGAGACACGAACCGAAAUGGCCUCACUUAUCCCGACAGCCCGCCCGAAAGCGGAAGAGACUUUGGUUGGCUCUUACAUGAAUAGUGGUGGAACCGUGCAAUCUUUCAUGUGCCGGGAGGAUUCAAGUUUCUGGACGGGUCUCAGGGUUGCUGGUGACACUCGGACAUUCGCGCGCUGCGAUAAAAGCUGGGAGUGGAUUGCUACUGAAUGCAACGACAACGGCUAUGUGCAAUUCACCAACGUGAUAGAGAAUACAUCGGGCACAAACUCUUGCGGCGGGGAUUAUUGCACAACGCUCACGAUAUACGACUCUAAUGCGGAAGACGAGAAGGGAGCCCAGUACAUGAUCGAUUGCAAGACGUUUCUACAAGCCCCAGGCAGCAACAAUCCCUAUACCAGGUUCUAUAGAGAGUACAGAACAGACCUCACGACUACCGAUUCCUCCACGGCCACAGAAGCGCCAGCUACCACCCACGACUCGACAAUGGCCGGCUUGGCGACAUCGUCGGCUUCAAGCGAGACGGGGGGUCCUGGAAAUAAUGAUGGGGCAAAUGGUCUCAGUAGCGGUGCAAUCGCCGGCAUCGUAGUCGGGACUAUCGCAGGCCUUUGCCUGGUCGCCUGUGGUUUCUACAUUGCCUACCGCAUAGGCAGAAAGCGUCGCAACGACGCAGAGAAGUCCGACCGAGGCUUCAUGGGCCUUCAACAAAAGUUUGUAGGGGAUGAUAUCCAGGGGCCCCGCGAAAUGCUGGGUGACACCAAACAAAGCGCCCCAGUGGUAGAACUCCCAGCUGAACACUUGGCCGAGAUGGAAGCACCGGUAGAUAAUAGGCCCAUUAGCAGGAGGACUGGCGCGCAACAUUAG